CACAACGACGCCGUAACGCUGAAUCAGCGCCAAGCGGAGAGAGACCUGAGUCAGUGAGUUGGUAUGGCGGCGAAGGAGAUCGCCGGCGGGAGCGGUUCUAUUGACGAUGGAUCCGAUUUUGAUCCAUGUCCUAUUUGCCUUGGACAAUUCCUCCGUGAAUCCUACCUUGAUACCUGUUUCCACAAGUUUUGUUUCAAUUGUAUAAAACAAUGGAUCAAAGUUGUUUCAAGCAAGGCCUCUAAGCAACGUUCCUCAGUGACAUGUCCUCUCUGUAAGGUCUGCUUCUUGGAAACGCUCUUUUCUGCUCACAACACCUUGAAGAACUUGUUUACAGGAAUGACCAUAACUUAUGCAGACAGAGAAUUUAUCCAUCAUCCACAACUACGAUGGAUGUUCUUUUGAGCGGCAUUAUAUCGACCCGAAUAUUCCAGAUGGUUUUGUAUUAACAAAAGAACAGAGAUACAGGUUGCAGUGUUACUACACCGAAUCAGGUUUCCUCGCCGAUGUAUUCGAUGUUGCACGGUUUUGGAAGCUGCAAAAGUUUCUCCAGCCGAACCGGUGCCUUGAAGCCUGGUUGAGGAGGGAGCUUCAAGCUCUGAUGCAGGAGGAAGAUGUUGAUAUUGUUCUGCAUCAUUUGGUCGGUGUGAUGGAAUCCUUCUGCAAAAGAAUCAAACAGAGACGCAAACAAGAAACAAGAAGCGCAGAGACAACAAAUCAAGAACAAUUCAAAGCAGUUGUCUCAGAAGCAGCACGUCCAUUUGUAAUGGCGAGAACAGACCGAUUUGUGGAUGAACUUGAACUCUUUCUGGCCGCGGGACUAAACUUGGAGGCUUAUGAUGCAAUCUAUAAGCAGGGUUUAGAGGGGAACAACCGAAGAGAGAUCGGUGCAGCUAGUGAAGAAAGAGAAGAAGUGGAAGAACAUAAUGUAAGAACACGAGUGACUCCUUAUUUGUUUAUCUUCGAGGAAGACUCAGACUGAGACAAAACACUUAUCACUUCUGUACCAUAUAAAGAAACUCAUAACUUCGAUUAAUGAUAUACCAGUUUCGAUUUGUUUGUUUUACUUUGUGUAAUGCUAACGAAACCAACCAUACCAUUUUAUUCUGUUCUCUUUU